CCCCCGAGUUUAGAGGAAUUUAUUCUUGCUUUAGUGUUGUUGGUUGUGGAUUUGAGACUUGGGUGACACGCGAGGAUGCCUCAUUGAUGGACAUGAACUCCUUCAGUCCUAUGAUGCCAACAUCUCCUUUAUCAAUGAUAAACCAAGUCAAGUUUGAAGAUGAGCCAGAUUUAAAGGAUCUCUUCAUUACAGUUGAUGAACCUGAAAGCCAUGUUACUACAAUUGAAACUUUCAUCACUUAUAGAAUUAUUACUAAGACAUCUCGUGGAGAAUUUGACUCCAGUGAAUUUGAAGUUAGGAGACGUUAUCAAGAUUUCCUUUGGUUGAAGGGAAAACUGGAAGAAGCACACCCCACUCUGAUUAUUCCACCAUUGCCAGAAAAGUUUAUAGUGAAAGGAAUGGUGGAACGCUUUAAUGAUGACUUCAUUGAGACUCGUAGAAAGGCAUUACAUACGUUUUUGAACCGAAUUGCUGAUCAUCCAACUUUAACAUUUAAUGAAGACUUCAAAGUUUUUCUCACUGCGCAAGCUUGGGAACUCUCUUCGCACAAGAAGCAAGGGCCUGGAUUGCUAAGCAGGAUGGGGCAGACAGUCCGAGCUGUUGCAUCCUCAAUGAGAGGAGUUAAAAACCGCCCAGAGGAGUUCAUGGAAAUGCAUAACUUUAUUGAAACAUUUAGCCAGAAAAUAAAUUUGAUAGAUAAAAUAUCUCAGAGAAUUUACAAGGAAGAAAGGGAAUAUUUUGAUGAAAUGAAGGAAUAUGGCCCAAUUUAUAUUCUGUGGUCAGCAUCAGAAGAGGAACUGGAACUGGUUGAUACUCUAAAAGGUGUUGCAAGCUGCAUUGACAAAUGCUGUAAGGCCACUGAAAAACGAAUGUCUGGACUCUCAGAGGCCCUGCUUCCUGUUGUACAUGAGUAUGUGCUUUAUAGUGAAAUGUUAAUGGGUGUUAUGAAAAGGAGAGACCAAAUACAAGCAGAACUGGAUUCCAAAGUUGAAGCCUUGACCUAUAAAAAAGCAGAUAUUGACCUGCUUACAGAAGAGAUUGGAAAACUUGAAGAUAAAGUGGAAUGUGCUAAUAAUGCCCUGAAAGCGGAUUGGGAAAGAUGGAAACAGAAUAUGCAAAAUGAUAUCAAGUCAGCAUUUACCGAUAUGGCUGAGGAGAAUAUCCACUAUUAUGAACAG